ACCGGAAAUACAUAAAUUGCACUGCAGCACUUUGACUUAUCGGCUUUAGUUUUGAGCAAAUUUCCAGUUAGUUGUUACUCUUGGCUCAGAAAAUAUGGCUUAAUUCGGAAAUAUAACAAAAACCCACGGACUUUUACUGUGACCGGUUUUUAUUAUGAUCUGGUUGAAGCUGUUGUUCACUCCAGAACUUAGGUUGCUUUUAUUUUACAUGAAUAUCGGGCAACAAAGCUAGUUAGCCUCCUGCUACUUGUUGUUGUUGUCAUGGAUGCUGAUUUCCUGCUCGCCAUUCAGCUUCAGGAACAGUUCGACACCGAAUACCAGACUUCCCAGAUCCCACCGGACUGUUUUCUGGAUAAUGACUUCGGACAUAGCAGUAAGAAACAGAAAGUUGAGCCACAUGGAGGCGGCAGCGGCGCUGUUACCCGCUGGAAUCCGCCGACCGCUCAGCCCGAGAGGCCGCUUAGCAUCGUAGACGAGUCCUGGGAGACGCUGGACCCCAACCCGGACUUGAGAUCCAUGUUCCUGGAGUUCAACGACAUGUUCUUCUGGGGGAAACUCAACGGAGUGGAGGUCAAGUGGAGCCCCAGAAUGACUCUGUGUGCCGGUGUGUGUUCUUAUGAAGGCCGUGGCGGACUCUGUUCGAUCCGGCUCAGCGAGCCUCUGCUGAAGCUGAGGCCCAGAAAAGAUCUGGUUGAGACUCUCCUCCAUGAAAUGAUCCACGCGCUCCUGUUUGUGACCCAGAACGAUCGAGACAGAGACGGACACGGACCCGAGUUCUGCAAACACAUGAACAGGAUCAACAAGGCCAGCGGGACCAAAAUCACUAUCUACCACAGCUUCCAUGAUGAAGUCGACGUCUACCGGCAGCACUGGUGGCGAUGCAAUGGGCCCUGCCAGAACCGCAAGCCGUACUUUGGGUAUGUGAAGAGGGCCAUGAACCGGGCCCCGUCCUCUCUGGACCCCUGGUGGGAGGACCACCGGAUGUCAUGCGGUGGAACUUACAUUAAGGUCAAAGAACCUGAAGGAUACGGGAAAAAAAACAAGAAGACCUCAGAGAAGAAGACAGCAGGAAAUGGGAAGCUUUCAGAAACAGUCAAAGCUUCUGGAUCUCAGGACAUCAGGAACGUCAUCCCUUUCAGUGGGAGAGGCUUCCUGCUGGGAGGGAAGUCCCAAAUCUCCUCCUCUUCCUCUCCAUCAGUGCCUUCUUCGUCCAGCUCCAUCUCCUCUCCAGUUCGCUUUGGCUUAUCGGAUCAAACCAACUCCAUCUCAAACGCCCGACCCUCUUUCGGAGUAAAACCUCCUGCGAAGAGAUCCGUCGGAAACACCAGAGUUUUUGCCAACGUUAACGGCUCGCCGGUUAAAGUUCCCAAAUCUCAGGGAGAGAGGAUGAAACAAGCUUCCAUUCAGGAUCUGUUCAACAGCGCCACCAUCAGGAACUCAGGAGAAACCACAGAGACUUCCCCGUCCUCUACAUCCAACUCCAGUUUGCAGCUUUCGCCUCUAAAACCAGCAGCACCUGAAGGCGGCGCUGCAACGCCGGCUCAGUCCAAGUAUUUCAGCGACUCUGGCGUUCAAAAUGGAGGUCAGUCGUCGAGGAAACGGUCGCAGGACGACCGAAGCAGCUCAGCCAGGAUCUUUGAUUUCUUUGAGAAGACAUUGAGCAGCAGCUCAGCAGCAGCGAGGGAGCCAGGAAAGACGCAGCCGGCGUCUGCCGCCACCUCAACAUCACUUCACAGCGGGAGCUCCUCCUCUUCUUCAUCUUCUUCAUCUUCCUCAUCUUCCUCCUCUUUGGUGAUGAUGGUCAGCUGUCCUGUCUGCCAGGCUAAAAUUCAGGAGCAAAAAAUUAACGAGCAUCUUGAUUCCUGCCUUUCUUGAAUGGCUUUCAAAUUAAAAACUCUGUCACAGAUUUUAGGAAUUUAUACAGAAGAGGAUACGGGCCAAAAAAAAA